AUGACCGUCCCAGAAACGAUGCAGGCCACGCAGGUCGAGGUCACAAUUCCCAACCUCAGCAUGAAAGACCUACUCUCAGCGAUACCGGCUCACUGUUUCGAGCGCUCGACGUUGCGGUCAGCAGCAUACCCGGUUUGGGACCUGGUCGUUAUCGCGUCGUUGUGGAAACUCGCCAGCGUGUCUGACGCGUUCGUGGCAACCACCCUCCCGCCAAAUCUUCAGGGCCUUGCGAGCUUCUCGAUAUGGGCAUUGUACUCCUUCUUUGCUGGUCUCUUCGCAUUUGGCUUGUGGAUAGUCGCUCAUGAAUGUGGUAUGUCGUCUUUGUUCUUGCUCGCUGCUCCUAAACUCGCUCCAGGACACGGGGCCUUUAGUCCAUACAAAAGCGUGAAUAAUGCCGUAGGAUGGACUCUUCACUCAGGUCUUGGCGUCCCCUACCACUCUUGGCGCAUCAGCCACGCAAAGCACCACGCCGCGACUGGGCAUAUGACGCAGGACCAGGUUUUUGUGCCCUGGACGCGCACACAAAUGGGCCUGCCUCCUCUUGACCCCACCCGCGACGAUCUUCUCGGUGUCAAUGUUUCUCAGGCAGUUCAGGCAGAGUUGUUGGAGGCUCUUGGAGACUCGCCUAUUGCGGUCUUCGUGCAAUCCAUUGUAUACCUGUUCAUGGGUCUUCCUAUGUAUCUGCUGUACAACAUCGGUGGACAGCUGCGCUAUCCCAAAGGCACCAACCACUUCACCCCCUCGUCCAUCAUCUUCUCACCGCAGCAAUUCUCGCAGAUCAUUGUUUCGGAUAUCGGUAUCUUGACGUGGUUGGCUCUCAUCGUUCUUUCAUGCAACCACUGGUCGUUCUGGACCGUAUUCCGCACAUAUCUCAUGCCGUAUAUCUGGGUCAACCAUUGGUUGGUCCUUGUGACUUUCUUGCAACAUUCAGACCCACUCCUGCCCCACUACCGCUCGGAGAUGUUCACGUUCCAGCGUGGCGCGCUUUGCACUAUGGAUCGCAGCUUACUUGGUGAUCUGGGCUCCAUGAUGGGUUGGUUAGGAGCACACGCGACCCAUGGGAUCUCUGAGACCCAUGUUUUGCACCAUGUUACCAGCAAGAUUCCUCAUUAUCACGCCUGGGAAGCGACUGACGCCUUGCGUGCUCGACUCGCAACGGCUGGAAUUAAACUCGUAGGACGGCCUGGUGGUUGGGCGGAGGUCUACCGGGUGAUGCGCGAGUGCAAGUUUGUCGAAGAUGAAGGCGGAGUUGUCUUUUACAAGAAUGCUCGCGGACUCGCUGCUGCAAAGCCGCUGAUCAUUGCUACCAACAGUGACGUCGAAGACUCGGGUGUCGAGGUUGAUUCAAAAUAG